AUGAUAGCUAAUCAAGUAGUUUGUUAUGGAUUACCAUUUGGAACAUUUGGUUUUAUCUGUUGGACCUUGUCAUUUGUUUCCAGUUUAUUGUUAUAUUUAAAUUUUCCACUAUUUUCGCCAUGGAAAUGGUGUAAACCUUAUCAAUCUCAAGGUCUACUCAUUGCUCUCAUUUCGGCUACUUUUACAAUAGGGCCAACUAUUUUUACAUGUUUACGGUGUAAAGGGUACUGGCCAUUUACUGUUAUAGCGAUCGGACAACUCUCUCCUUGGAGUUUCAAAAUGUUUAAUGACGGUGUGGCAGCUAUGAUCAAAAAUGAUCAAGACAAUGAUGGCGGCCGCAAUAUGUGUUAUGCAUGUAUAGGUGGAACGAUGUCAUGCGUAUUGGGUGGUGCUGGGUGGAUAGGUUUGACAGCACUAUGCUUUGGUUUGUUGCAUACUUCUUAUGCUGUUAGUAAAUGGGUAUGGGCCGUAUACUUGAUUCCAAUCUUUUUUGUAAUAUUGGCAUUGUUAUGCAGAGGCAGAGGUUGGGCACUUUUUGCUGUAUUCGCUUACUUUGCCUCUACAACACAUAUAAUAGGUUCACAUAUAAUUCUUUCUAACAUUUCGGGUAAUUGGUCUGGAUUUCCUACUGAAAAGGUCGCAUUAGCGUCUUCAUUAAUUUUUUUCAUAGGCAAACGUCUUUUAUAUGUAAACUGUUAG